UACAGGAAAGCUGACAGGAAAGCUGACGGAUAUACAUUUGGUUAAAAAAAAUAUUUCCUUUGGAAAAUGCGUAGGCAACUCUAGAACAAUAUGCUUGGCGAGAAAGGAUUUUCUCCUCUUACAGCUAACUAAAAAAAUUAAAAACAUGUAAUUUAGUAAUUACAUAUGAAGUUAUUGUGGGCUUUGCUUUAAGAAGCCGAUAACAGGUUGCUGGAUCGCCGGACGUGAAUGCGAUAGAGGGCCGUCGUUUGCCAGAUAUAAAGCCCGGGAUGGAAGACUUAACGGACAAAGACCGUUUGAAAAUGGAGAUAGAGCAGCUUAAGAAAGAAUUACCUUUAGAGAGGAUGCUGGUAUCCAAGUGUGCGGAGGAACUGAAGGAUUACAUUGAAUCACAGUCUGCAGAAGACCCUUUGGUAAAGGGGAUCCCAGAGGACAAGAAUCCUUUUAAAGAGAAGGGGGGCUGUGUGAUCUCAUAAAUCAAGCACAGGACUCAAAUAUCUGGUCCACAGCCUAAUGAUCAUUCUUACAAUGAACCUGAUAGAUGCUGAAAUUUGAAGAUGAAAGAAUAGGUUCAUUACAUGGAUGUUGAAUUUAAAAAAGACAUUUACAAAAUAGAUUGGACAUUAAAGGGGAAGAAUGUUGGCGGGGAGGGCAGAGGGUCAGUGGAACUACAAGUAUUAAGGAGAUGGGAAAGAUUGCUGACAGGGAAGGACCUUGAGGUAAUCAGAUGAAAAGAUUGUAGAAGUAUGGAUGAUUGCAAGCAAAGAAAUUCAUGAGUGGGGGUCAGCAUCAUAGGAGAGAAUCAAGGGAUGGGAGAAGAAUAUUGUGUGGAUCAGCCAGGAUCUCAUUAUGGAAAGGAUAUGGUUGGGUGUGAUUUUUUUAAACAAGGUGUCAAUUGUUGGAGGUCAAUCAUAGAAGUAAAACCACACAGAAGAUAUCAACAGUGGAGGAAGUGGGGUGAUAUAAAUUAUCAUAAACAAAAGAAAAACAACUUAAAAGGAGGCAUCUAAUUGGAGAUAUGGGCAGCCCAGUAAAUAAAGGUUGACUCCCUUUAAUUGUUGCUAAAUUGGGCCUCAGCCUCUGCUUAAGACCUGCUCUGGCUCCAUCAUCUUGAGUAUCCUCAAUGUCUCAUGCACCACGAGGAUCUACACCUUAUCUCUAGAAGUCCACUGCUGGUGCAGAUGAGAUGAGGAUAUAAAAAAAUACUAUCGUGUGUCAUCUAUAAAUGUUGCAGAUCAUGAUAUAAUUUAUAGUAGAGUAUGUUUUUUUAAAUUUUGUUUGAGCACAUACUGUAUUUGAUCAGGAAGCUGAGUGUACUUUCAUGCUAGUUUGAAGAAAUGCCAUAUUUUCUGUGCAACAAGUUAAGAGAUUAACAGGACCUUGAGUUAAUGUCCCUUGAUUGUACUUUGAUUGAGUAGUACUUCUCACUAUUGCAUUGACUGGUCCACCUAGAUGUUUCCUUUUUGCUUAAGAAUUCACUCAAAGUGUUCAGGACUACUUUUAUUAUCCCAGACUCAUUAUCCUUCAGAGGGUUUGGGCAAUGCCUCUGCAAUUGUAACUUCUGAUCCUUUCAACAACCUGGGAUGUUUCACAUCCAUACCUGGUGACUUAUCCACUUUAAAUGCACUCAGCUUUUCUCCUGCUACUCCCUUCUCAAUUUUCAGCAGCUAAUUCAAUUUCUAUAACAGUUAAGCAGAAUCUCCUUCAAAGUUAAAGAAACUAUUUAAUUUGGGCAUCUCUCCACCCCUUUCCUUCUCAGUCCUGAAGAAGGGUCUGGGCCGGAAAUGUCGACUGUUCCUCCCCAAUUUUGUGUGUGUUGUUUGGAUUUCCAGCACCUGCAGACUUUAGUGUUUAUAAAGCAAUUAUUUAGUUUUGUUUAAUUUGUUUUUCUGGUUUUUUAUCUCUAUCCUCCCAUCUUACCCUAUUCAUAUGCCUUUUGAGAACCUCUAAGGCUAUUUUGACUUUGCCUUUAUUUCAUUUUCUUAUCCUCUAUUGUUUUUCUGUACUUGGCCUGAUUUCCUGACACUUCUACCUCUGUGUAAAUAUCUUAACAAUUUAUAACAUUUCCACUCUCUGAUGGUCAUAAGUGAAAUGACAUCUCUAUUAUUUCUUAAUUCUAAUCUGUCAGCUUCUGUUUUGGACCAUUUAAGGAUGUCCUUCUUGUUAUGCAACAUUCCCCUUAAUCAACAUUGCCACUUCACCUAGCUUUCUGUAUGUCUUUCCUGAACUCCUCGUGUGUAAAAAGACUUACUACCUAGCCCUAUCCUCUUCUACAUCAAGUCACUCUGAAGGUAUCUUACCAACUUCAUGUACUGUAUUUACAUACAUGUAUCAUAUGUUGCUCUUCAAUCUUCGUGUAUUCUUUCUUAUCUGAUUCCAUCAAUAUUCUUCUCUAGUGGAAUCUACCAUAGCUUAACCUGUAGCCCAGAUUGAUGACCUUCUGCCCCUCUUCAGCUGGUCAAUGUAGCACAAGCAGUUCUAUGCAAGAUUGGCUAAGUCCAAUGUCUUUGCUCUGGAAGCAAUUCUGGUGUAGAAACUGUUAAAUCUAAUGAAUAGGCUGAAUGAAAUAUGAAUAAAAUGGCAAACUAGAAAGGAAAACAAAAGAGACAAUGAACAAUAAAUCAUAGCAAAGACCCACAAAAGUUGUGAAAAAGGGCAACAAAACAAGAAAGGAAUAAAACAAGUAGAAUUACUGAACAGAGUCCGGCUUGAGAUAUCUAUGUAUUAUCUGAUAACGAUUUUGUUUACAAAGGGAUAAAGAUAUUUUUAUGGCAUGGAUGAUGAACUACAAAAUCAACAACAGAGAUUAAAGCAAAAUACUGCAGAUUUUAGAAAUCUGAAACCAAAGCAGACAAUAUUGGACAUUAACAAAUGGGUUAUAUAUGCUCAGCCAAAUUAAAGGGGAAUUUGGCAUCAGGUUAGUAACCUUUCAACAAAAAUGGGGGGAAAAAAUCAAAAAUAUGGCAAAUGAAAACACCUUUGCUGAGAAAACCAGAUUUUUUUUCAUGAUAAGCAUUGCUGGAAGAGAGAUGGUGGGAAUUAAUCGGUAGUAUAAAACUAAUGUAAUAAUGUAAUAAAACCAUGUAUGCACAUAAUAGACCUGCCUGGCUCAACACUGAUUUCAAUAAACUGAGACAAUAAUUCCACAAUUCCUAUUGCAAAGUCACUUGUUCUAAUAUCAUCACUUCCCCUUGCAACAGCUUCAGCUUUUAUAUCUUUUCCUGCUUUCUGCAUAACAAGCGGUGUGCCACAGGAUGUAGUGUUAAGGCAACAAACAGACAGUUUUUUAGAAAUGACUUGGCUGAAGCACUGGAAGUGUGGUUGCUAAAUUUGCUGAUGAGAUGAAGGUAACUAAGAAAGUGAUAUUUGAAGAGGACCUAUGGAGGCUAUACAAAGUUGUAGCUGGGUUAAUUAAGUAGUAAUAAUCUGGCAAAUGAAGCAUGGUGUAGAAAAAUGUAAAAUUUUCCAGGUUUGAAAGGAAAAAUAAAAAGGAGCAUGUUAUCUGAACAGGGAUGAAUUGCAAAGGCUUCUGGGUUUCCUGGUGCAUGAUGUGCAUGAGACUAAUAAUUGCAAGUAAUUAAGAAAGGACAAACAAUCUAGGUUUGUAUCCACUGGAAUUUCGAAGACUGAAAGGGGAUUGAAACAUGUAAUUUCCUGAGGUACGUUGAUGGGGUGAGUGUGGAGAAGACGCUUCUUUUUGAGAGAGAACGGGAAUUUUAUGGGAAGGAGAAUUGCAUACAAAAGUGGGGAGGUUGUGCUUCAGUUCUGCAGGGUAUUGGUAAGAUCACUUAUGUAGCAUGAUGUACUACAUUGAUCUUUUUAAGGAAUUAAGCUACUGUGUUGGAAACAGUUCAGAGAAGCUUCACUGGACUAAUACAUAUGGAAUGGUAGACUGUUUUAUGAGGAAAGGAUAUACAAGCUAAGGUUGUAUCCACUGGGAUUUAGAAGACUGAGAAGGAGCUGAAACAUCAUGAAAGUUCCUGAGGCAUGUUGAUAGGGUGGAUGUGGAGAAAAUGUUUCUUUUUGAGGGAGAAUCCAGAACUAGGGGAAACAAUUAGAAAAAGGCUGUUGAUUUAAGACAAACUUAAGGUGAAUUGUUCUUCUCAGAGUUCUGUGUAUAUUUGGAACUCCCUUAAAAGGCAGUGGAAGCAGAGUCUAAGAAUUUUUAGAUUAAGAUUGUCGUGGGUAAAUGGGAAUUUACCCACAAGUUGAGGUGCCGGUGAAUUCAGCCAUAAUCAUAUUGAAUGGUGGAGCAAACUUGAGGAGCCAGUGACCUACUCCUGCCCCGUAUAUGUGUUCGCAUUUGGUCAUGUGAAGCUAUAUUCUCUUUUUUAACUCUUGUAACCUUUUGAUGAUAUUACCGCCUGACAAAGUGAUGACUGACAACAUACUGCUCUGCUUCUCCAACACUCCCAUGGCCCCACUUUAAAGAACAUUUAUUAUCAAAGUAUAUAUGCUGGACACAACCUUGAGAUUCGUCUUCUUGCAGGCAGCCACAAAAGAAAGAAACACAAUAGAACCGGUUUAAAAAAAACCCACAUAACAAAGACUGUCACACACACAAUGUGCAAAAAAAAAGAACAAAUCAUGCAAAUAAUAAAAAAAAGUAAACAAAUAAAACACAGAACAUAAACCGAAAGUGAGUCCACAGCCACUGAGCCAGUUCAGCCCUGAGGCGAGUGAAGUCAGUACAGGAGCCUGAUGGCUGUAGGCCACAGCCACGGAGACAGUUCAGUCCUCCUGAGGCAAGUGAAGCCGGUCCAAGAGACUGAUGGUUGCAGGGUUAGUUCAGUGCUGAAGCGAGUAAACCUCGUGGAAUCAUAUGGUGAACACUAGUUCACUCAUCCUCGAUGAUUUUAAUCUUGCUCAAUGCUCUAAUCAACACUGAGUUAUGGGGCCAACCACAGGUUUGCCUUUUGCCAAUAGGUCUCAAUACAGCAUCUACCCCGAGCAAUGGCCACCCCGGCAGAACCUACACUCUAGUGAUUCUAGUGGCCGAGUCCCGCAGGAGAUCGCAAAAGUGCCAGAUCAUUUAGUUUGUUCAAAAGAACAUCCUUAAAAGGGAAACAACAGCUCUCUGCUUAUCUUGUAUGAACCACAGCUCUUUAACUUUAAAUGUCAGGAAGACCUAAACUAGUGUUGGGCCCCCAUCAUAUUUUCCACUCGUACUAUUGUUAAAGGCUGAACCAGACUUUAUGGAGUCUCAGCAUCCUGUUGAUUUGAGUUGUGUUUAAUCAGAACAAAUUAUAUCAAUACAGAACUAGCUUUGACUUAUUGCUAGUGGAAAAAGGCCGGGGGGAGGUUAAUUAUUACCAGGGCAAAUUAUUCUAUUGUUGAUACUCAGCAGGUUAAUGUCUGUAUGUCCAGUGAUCAAAAACUCAUCUCCAUUUUCCGGUCCAGCAGUUCCUUCAGAGCAGUACCCAAGUGCCUUUUCUUUCUCACCUCCUGUUGCCUUUAUUGGCAAUCACAUAAGGCAAGGUGAUGACUGAUGACACAUAGCAAUACUUCAGAAAUCACCAUUUAACCAGUGAUUUGCAAAAUAGCAACAUUUACCAACUAAAGUUACUGUCUUCUUAGAAAAUGAUUAUUAAAAGUAUUCCUAAUCAUUCUUGUAACUUUUAAAGUAUAUAUAGAUAAUAUCUUACUAUCUUCUCAAACAUCACAAACACAGGAUAGCUUAUAUAGUAAUCUGAACAGAAAUUCAAAAUGCUCCUGGGAGUACAAAGGCCAAAUGAAAUAAUUAACAACUAAUUAAUGGGACAUUCUGAGAGUUUAGAAGUAAUAAAAGCCGAAAUAAGAAUGUAAUGAUCAUGUCUAGCAAAAUGUAAUAGACAAAUUACUCUGAAAAUGAUAGUAAGCAUAUUUUAAAUAAUGAGUGAAACUUCAAUUUCAAAGAUUACAAUGAUCAAUUAAAAAUAAUGCUUUCAUGUUUAUAAACCAGAUUCCACUGGUUUCUUUACAUAUUGUAAUAGUUUUUUGAAACAGAUAUAUCAUCCUUAAGUACAAUGAUAAGCUUAUGGAGUUUGCUAAGAGUGGUCUUGUGAAAUAAUGGUAAAUACUACUCUUUUACUUUAAUUAUUACCACAGCUUUUCACUUUAUUCCUCAAUUAAAAAUGGUAUAACAGUGACUGUAAAAGCAAUCAUUUGUGCAAAUAUUCAGAACUGCAACUCAGGUUUGGGGUAAAAUCUAUUAUUUAUGGGAACUGGUUGCUCUGAAGGCCGGAUUUAUAGUAGUUGCAGGAUAAAGCCUCCGAAUACUUUCCACAAAUAUUUUAAUGAUGGUGAUAAAAAAAUUAACAUAAAGCAAUAUAAUUGAUGUUAGCUGUGUGAGAAAACAGUUCUCCCUCACUCUUGAACAUUCUACAAUAACAUUCAAACUAGAGUGCUUGCCUGGACUUGACAGGCCAAAUGUCACAAUAACUAAGUCAAUAAGUAGUAAAAUAGUCUCUACCUUAAUCAGAAUCAGAAUCGGGUUUAUUAUCACCAGCAAGUGUUGUGAAAUUUGUUAAUUUAGCAGCAGCAGUUCAAAGUAAUACAUAAAAUAGAAGAAAGAAAAAUAAUAAUAAAUAAAUCAAUUACAUUAUACAGAUAUUGAAUAGAUUAAAAAUUAUGCAAAAACAGAAAUAAUAUAUAUUUUAAAAAUGAGGUAGUGUCUGAGGAUUCAAUGUCCAUUUAGGAAUCACUGCUACGACUCAGGCCUAGGGGGCCGGCCUCGGGCACGAUAAUGGACUCUCCACUUCUCCCUCUCCCUCAUCAAUGUGUUCAGUUCAUCUACAUUAGCCGUGCUGCUGUCUUCUAGGACGGUGUUGACAAUAGUCUUCGGAGGGUGCCCAGGGUUCAUCCUCCCAUGCUUGGGCUCCCAUAUGAUGACUAGGCUGGCAGGUAGCUCGGAGUGGCGUAGACAGUGCCCUGCUAGUUGCAGUCUUCUCACCUGGAUUUUAGUGGUGAGCAUCGGCAGGUCGUCAUAGAGCUUGACGUUCAUCAUGUGCUGUUGCCAACUCACUUCAAGAGCCAUCUGGAGCACUCGUGUAUAGCAACCAUCUAGAGACUAUCGCAUAGUCCUGGUGACUGUCCACAUCUCACAUCUGUACGUGAGAAUAGCAGAUUAUGAUGGCAUUUAGGAAUCUGUGAUUAUGUAAUUAAGGAAUAAGUAAUGUGCAUUAGGUGUGUCAGUCCUGGGAUCACAGGUUGGAAGCUUAUUUCUCUUUCUCUUUACUGUAAGACCUUGAAGCCUUGUUAAUGCUCUUGGCUGUAAUUUACCCUUUCAGCUUUCUGCUUUCAUUGUACUUGUCAUAUCACUUGAUUAGAUCAGCAGUUGGUGUCCUGCAAUGCUUUUCUUUAGGUCUCAUUUGAUCUCAGUCCUUUUCUCUCAUCAUUUCACUGGCCUUUGUCCUUUUGUUCUGCUCUGUUCAGCUCUGUUCCCUGUAUUGGAGCUUCUCUGUAUUUCUUCUCUUUGGUCCUGGCUCUGAACUUGUUCCUUCUGCUCUAUCUCUUCUUCCUAUGACAGCCCAAAUACCACCCAAACCUGAUCUCACAAAUAUCAACUAGCAGAUCAGCAGUAUCAACUCUGUUGCUCAAUCACCUUUGGUUGUAGUACUUUCACCUCUGAGUCAGAAUGUUGUUGGAGACUAAACCAUGUCACCUAGAUUUUACUACAGUUCUUAAGAAUGGUACAUCACUGGAGGUUCUACAUAUGACACAAAACACCUACAGUACCAUCUAGCCAUGCCCAAGCUGUUUUCUUGGUGUGGUCAACAUUCAACCACAUCAAUACAACACAACUGUUGCUCAGAGGCCUUCAAAUCAGUAACGAUUCCACCUCCAAUGAAUUUUCAACUUUGAGAAAACCAAGAUACCACAUUAUUUUAACAGUGUUUGCUUCAAAGUUCAACCAUUUUCCUCUGCUGUCUAAUUAUGUCCCAGGCUCCACUCCAUCCACUACUACAAUUCCACACUCAAGUCCUAGGGAUCAAUUUCACCGAUCUAUUACCUUUAAAACUAUAAUCCAAUCCUUCACCGGUCUCCUGAAUUGAGCGGGCAGAUUAACUAUGUAUGCUUUAGGCAGUUCAUUCUCAGUGAACUAGAAUAUGUACCCCAUCUCUACUGCUCCAGUUGGGCUCCUGGAUCAGUUCUGCCCUCCUUUAGUUACCUGAUCACUAGGCAGCUCCUCUAUCAGCUGCUGAAAUAAAACAGUUGGGCACCUGGACAUCACAUUUCCCCCAUUGUUUUAAUACUUUCCUUCUCUUGCCUCCAGGAUAACUUUCUCCUCUUCUGGAAGAAGUUCUAUUGUAUCUUCUGAAUUUUCCUCUCCUCCUCAAAAUCAGUGAAUUAGCCUUGUCUAAUCUGCUGCACCCCUGCUUGUUCCUCAGUCUAGUACUUCCCUCCCCUGACUUGAAACAAAACUUCACUCUUCAAAUAGCUGCAACUUUUCGGGUGUCCAAGCAAGUGAAGUUUCACUGAUCUGCCAUUUCAGCACUUCCAACUAGGAAAUAUUUAAUUGUGCCCUUAUCACCAACAGCCUCCAGAAUGAGUUGCAGUGUUUUCUCUCCAGAAAGUGCAACACCCUAAGCUCUGCUGCCAUAUUCUGUUCUGCACCAGAUUCUAUUCAUUUACCUCCUGAUAUACACUAUUCAAUAUGCCUGUUUCCAUCUCAACAUCAUCUGAACCUUUGCCCUCCAAAUUUAACCAUUUCUAUUUAACUACUCCAUGUUUUGGAGUACCUGCCUGCUUCUACUCCAUCAUUGCCUUUAAAUGGUUUGAUGCUACCUUCUGGAUUUCACUACCACUUUAAAACUUCUUCAGGUACCAAGACCUUGACUAUAUCCCUGGUCACCUCUUGUCUUCAGAUUAAAGUGCCAGUUUUGCUGAUGCCUAUACAAAAGCAUUGGAUGAGUUUUUUUUAAAUCUUAAAAUUAUUAAACAAGUGCAUGUUGUUAUAGACACAAGAGACUACAGAUACUUGAACAUUGUUUUCUGAGGCUAAAACUAGAUACUCCACUUCAGUAACUUCAGUUGCAUAGCUCAUACAUUGAACUGUGAUUCUUUUUUCCUUGUUUUGCUAUGAAUUAUGUCCAUCUUUAUCGCUAAUAUUCAUUGACAAGUCUUUAAAGGAGUUUCUUUGGCAAAUCCUGUUAGUUUCAGAUGUCUAAGGAAAGGAUAUCAAAUCUCUUCACAGUCUUGAUCCUAAUGUGGACGCCCAGUGUUGAAUUUCAGAAUAUCAAAGAAAGAUUUAAAUGAACGUGUUACCAAAGCACACUCUCAGAACUUAGGUUAAUGGACAAUUAAAGAAAUAGUCCUUUAGGGUCUGAAUUAAGUGGAUGGUGUAGUUCUUGGAAACAAAUAAUAUGGUAGCCUGCAACAGGACAUGGAGCAACAUUAGUGUCCAAAGCCAUAAGUACCCCAAUCAAGAAAUCUCAUGCAAGUCUCCUAUCAUCUUCAAUGACAGCACCAUCGUCCAAUAUCCUACUAUCAACAUCUUCAAAAGCAUUGAAGGAUAUGGUCCUAAAGUAGGUAAAUGGGAUUAGUGUAGAUGGACAAAAAGAUUCAUGUAGACAUGGUGCGCUGUUUUUGAAUUGUUGUACUCUAUAACUUUAAGAUGGUCAGUCACUGGAAGGGUCAGAUUAUUACCACUCACACAUGACUAUAUCAAUCAUAUCAAGGUUAUGGCUGCAAAGGUAAAGAUUGUUGGAAACCCUCCAGUUAAUGGCUCACCUUAAAAUUCUCCACACACUCCAUGUGGCUGCUCAAGUUACAAACAUGAUGGCAGACCUACUUUUUGUCUAUAAAUAUGCUAGAUCAUCAGCAUUUCUUCAUUAGUGCUUCUGCCAAUUCGCACCAAUAUCCAUUCUGAGAGUCAUAAGCUGGAGCAGCACAGAAAGAGCCCAUCAUAAGCUGAUCUACCUUUUAGCCCAUCAAAGCUAAUCCUAUUUUCCCACGUUAGGUCCAUAUCCUUCAAUGCCUUGCCUAUAUAGUCAGUCAGUCGGUGGGUGCCGUCCCGAAUCCAGGGUUUGCGGCUAUGCACCUCCAUCUUCUUCAAUGCCUAUAUAGGCAUCUGUCUAAAUGCUUCUUAAAUUCACUUGCUGGCCCUUUUAUUAGGUACACCUGUACACCUUGUUAAUGCACAUAUCUAAUUAGCAUAUCAUAAGGCAGCAAUUCAUUGCAUAAGAACAUGUGGACAUGGUCAAGAGGUUCCGUUCAGACAAAAUAUCAGAAUGGGGACAAAAUAUGAUCAAACUGACUUUGAACAUGGAAUGAUUGUUGGUGCCAGAUGGGGUGGCUAGAGUAUCUCAGAAACUGCUGAUCUCUUGAGAUUUUCAUGCACAACAGUAUCUAGAGUUUACAGAGAAUAGUGUGAAAACCAAAAAAAAUAUAUAUCCUGGGUGUGAAUACCUUUUGCUCCGUCAUCUGUUCUGAUCUCUCUUUUUAAAGAGAGAGAUCAGAGCAGAUGGCAAGACUGGUUCAAGCUAACAGGAAGGCAACAAUGACUCACAUAACCAUGUGCAGCAUGCAGAAGAGCACCUCUGAAUGCACUGCAUGCUAAACCUUAAAAUGAAUGGGCUACAGCUGCAGAAGACCACAAACAUACACUCAGUGCCAGUGUGUAUUCGAGGUACCGAAUAAAGUGGCCACUGUGAGUGUAAUUAUUGUAUCUGAUUCCACCACAUCCUCUGGCAGCGCAUUCCAGAUAAUAUAGAUUCCAGUAAGUUACCUUCCACCAACAGAAUGCUUCAGACAUAAGUUGUACAUUGAGAAGUCAAAUUUAUGGUUGAUUAUUAAGAAAAAUGCAGCUUUCCUCUGGUCUGGACAUUAAAUUCCUUUUCUGAUCUGGAGGAAAAUUUCUUUCAAAUGUGCUUCACCUCUGGAGUAAUGCACACAGCAGGUUGGUGAUAUAGUGGAUGGUGAAGAAGAUUAUCUAAUUAACAAACAUCCCUACAGUGGGAUAUUGAUAAAUGGGCUGGGGGAUGGCAGGUGGAGGUUAAUUGGGAUAAAUGUGAGGUGUUGCAUUUUAGUAAGACAAAUUUGGGCAAGACUUGCACAGUAAAUGAUAAGGUCCUAGGAAGUGUAGAACAGAGGAAACUGGUCACCUACCUACUGGAUUGAACGAGUACAGAGAAAAUAUAUAAGGAUUUCAUCAGGUCUUGAGGACCUGAGUCAUAGGGAAAAGUUGAAUAGGUCAGAUCUUUAUUCCCUGGAGCAUAGGAGAAUGAAGGGAGUUUUGAUAGAGGUAUACAAAAUUAUGAAGGGUACAGAUAUGGAAAAUACAAGUAGGUUUUUUUCUACUGAGGCUGGUUGAGACUGGAACAGAGGUCAUAAAUUAUCGGUCAAAGGUGAAAUAUUUAAGGGAAACCUAAGGGGGAUCUUCUUCACUCAGAGAGUGGUGAGAGUGUGGAAUGAGCUGCCAGCAGAAGUGGUAAAUGUAGGUUUGAUUGCAGCAUUUAAGAGAAAUUUGGAUAAGUACAUGGAUGAAAGGGGUAUGGAGGGGCUAUAGUCCAAUGGAACCAGGUAGAAUAACAGUUUGGCAUGGACUAGAUUUGCUGAAGGGCCUGUUUCUGUGCUCAGAAUACAAGCAUGUCCCUUUAGAAGAAGAGAUGAGGAUUUUUUUUUAACUACAAGGUGGUGAAUCUGUUGAAGUCCUUUCCACACAUGGUUAUAGAGGCCAAGUCAUUGGAUAUAUUUAAAGUGGAAGCUAAUUGGUUCUUGAUUAGUAAGGAUGUCAAAUACUUUUCCCUCUAAGUUGCCCAGGUGCACUGAUGCGCUGUAACUGAAAUGCUCCCGCGCACAUAGCCUUUGUUGCCAUGCAGCUGGAAUUUUCAAAUUAUACUAAUAUAAUUUUGAAAUCUAUAUUCAUAUAAUUGUGAAAUACCCUUUAAUUAAUUAUGUUAAUGAACAUAAUCCAUAACUUUGCUAAAUAAAUGUAUGACAACUGUUACAUCGAAACAUUCUAGAGCUUCAAAGAAUUUAUAUUGUUAAUAUUUCAAGUUACAACACUGUUACAAAUUGUAACAACAAUAACACAAUGGAAGUUGGUAGCUCAUUGUUAAUAAACCACCAGUGCGAUUUAGUCAAAAUAUUAUACUUUUGUCAUUGUUCCUGUCAGUUGUUUUUAUUGCCUGACAUCAUUUUCUUGUGUUGUGAGUUGUGGGUUGUGUUUGUUUGAUGUGAAAAAUUCUAUAUUCUGAAUUUUAUGGUAAGUAAUUUAAAAAAUAUAUCAUAAUUUAAUAAGAAUUAAUAACUAGAAGUUUGUUAGAACAAGGUAAAAAUUUAUUUCAAAAAAUUGUUUGCAUGACUGUGCUUAUUUUAUUAAAACUAAUUCUUUUGACUUACCUUAUUAAAUGUUUCAAAUAAUAAUUAUUUUUAGUAUUCUCAAAUAAUAAUAUUUAUUUUUAGUAAAAGCAAAAAUUAACAAGUUACAGUCACAGUAUCUUGGUGAUACCGUUUAUUGGAGUGACAAAGUGAAAGAUCUAUAUGUUCUGUUGUUGAUACUGCAUCUAUAAUUCAAUUCAUUCAAUGUGUGUGUAAUCACUUAGUUAAUAACUUUCUGAUGAUGAGCUUUUCAACUUGUUACCUUUGGAAAUGCAACCAAUUUUGAAUUUUGAAAAAGAAGCUGAGCUACUAUUAUGAACUAUUAUAAAUGAAGAAUUUGAAGAGCUGUCAAUUCUUGUUGACAUCGUUGGAACAUUUCAAGCUUCUAGUGCUGAUUGCGAACAUGGAUCAGUCCAAUGAAUUCAGUCAAAUGUAAGUCCAGAAACAGACUAAAAGUGGAACAUUUGGAUAAUCUCAUAAGAUUAAGAUGCAUUUUUCAUCUGGAUAUGAAAUUAAUCCGCACAAUGUUUAUAGAAAAUGGAUUUGUAACAAAAACAUGAGAAAAUGUUUACAAAAUGUGAAAGAUUUUAUUUGUGUACCGUAUUUCAUUAUAUCUUUCAAUUAAUAAA